GUUUCUGCUGUUGUUUGUACAUGUUGUGUUCCUUUACAACCUGUAUCUUUAUAAAGUACCUGGAUUAAGCCAGUGCAUCCCAUAAUGAAGUCCUUACAAAUAGCUAAUAAUUUGCUGCUCGUGACUCUUUUUGCGUUGUUUCAAAAAUUAGUAACAAGGAGUAUCGCUCCGAUGGACCACAAAAAUAGACCUGGAAACUGCUUGAAACAAGGUAAGAGAGUAAGGCAGAGGCUUUUUAUACAGAGAAAACUUUUUUCUUUUGUGAAAACGUUUAAUGCCCUUGCCACUCAUGAGAAAAAAGAGGUUUAUUCGCAAAUUCCGUGAUUUAUCAUAUAUCUUAUUUUUCUAAACCUCAGAGACUGGAACGGGAAUUUAAAACACACCUCCUUAUCUCCGCCCGUUUACUUUCCCUCCCCCCUCACUUCUCUCCCUUUCACGCUUUGCCUGUUAUUUUCAAAAUACUAUAAUGAACCUCUCGUCACUUUACCUUUACACUACACAUUUUAAUUUCAACAGCUAAGGAUUGUGCUGAGCUGUACAAAUGCGGAGAAAGAAUCAGCGGCGUUUACUCAAUAGACCCUGAUGGUUCAGGUCCCUUUAAAGUGUAUUGUGACCAGACAACAGCAGGUGGGGGAUGGACGGUGUUUCAGAGGAGACUGGAUGGUUGCUUGGAUUUUAACCGCGAUUGGGCUGACUACAAGCAUGGCUUCGGUAAUUUUCUUAUUGGUGAAUAUUGGCUCGGAUUGGAUAAGAUUUAUCGUCUGACGCAAAAUGAGACGGAAAACAGACUUCGAGUAGAUCUGGGAAGAGUUAAGAAUAAAGCAGUCUACGCUGAAUAUUCGUGGUUCAAGAUCGGAGAGGAGAAAGCCAUGUACCAGCUAAACCUUGGAAAUAUUGCAAGUAAGUCAAUUAGCUUCUUUAAGGCAAUUAUGUCAACUGCAGCCAUGACAACAUCCUCAAUAACUAGCAUUUACGACUCAUGCAUGUCUCCCAAACGACUUUGUUGCGCUUUUUUAUUUAACAAGAGCUUCAUACUUCAGCAUUCGUCGAGAUACGAACUAAUUGGGAAGUUUAUAGAGCACGAAAGAUGCGUAAGAGUCGCUCGAUUCGAAGUCGAACGCAACUCGAGCUUCAUCAUCGAUAUCGUCACCCUUGAACUUAUAUUAAUAUUAAUAACUAUACCAUCACCUUAUGAUUAAGUGGUAUCAUAAUUUGUUAUUGAUAUCAUUAUCGUCGUCUUCUUCAUCAUAAUUAUUAUGAUGUUAUUAUUAUUUUACUAUUGUUAUUGUUAUUAUCAUUAUUAUUAUUAUCACUAUCAAUAUCAUCGUUGUUGUUGUUAUUGUUGGCAGAUGCGACUGUCCAUGACUCUCUUGAGUAUCAUAAUGGCUCGUCGUUUGGUACCCGGGAUAAAGUUAAUGAACACUGUGUCCAUAAUAUAUCGGGAGGCUGGUGGUACGUCAAUAGUACUGAGUGUCCUGUGUGUUCAAACCUCAAUGGUGCUCAUCAGCAUUGUGGAAAGGAAAACAAGACCACUGCCUGGGUCUGGGCCAAGAAAAAGAUCCAUUGGGGUAAUUUAGCUGUCACUGCAAGAGAAAGCGCUCCAAUGACAUCUGAAAUGAAAAUUAAGCCUGUGGACUUUCCUUAACUAUUUCCUUCAUACAUGUAUUGAUCCACUUAUAUCUAGUCGAUUACUUCAUGAACAAAAUGCGAUCAUUAGACCAAUUGUUUAUGUUAGUUGCAAGGUGAAAUCUAGC